UGUUCGUCUCUGCAGCUUCGGUAUGAACCUUUGAAUACUAUCAGUGUGCUCUACCAAUGGAAGAUCGUCUCAAGAAUGCAAAGCCACGCCAUGUCAGCGCGUUGACCGGUACAUGGGUGGCGAACAAUGCUGCAAUGCAACAGCAAACUCGUAGAAUGGGAUUGUACGAGCAGGAUGACGACGCCCAAGAACAGGAUGAAGUACUUACGAAACGUGGUUCUUGGACGGGAAGAUUUGACUUCCUGCUUUCGUUGUUGGGGUACUCGGUCGGGUUGGGAAACGUGUGGCGGUUCCCGUACUUGUGCUACAAUAACGGAGGAGGUGCCUUCCUUAUCCCGUUCACCAUCAUGCUGGUGAUCGCCGGUCUACCGUUGAUGUUCAUGGAACUAUCGAUUGCGCAGUACGCAGGACUGGGACCGGCUGUACUGUUCCAAAGAUUUUCCCCGCUCUUUCAGGGAGUGGGAGUCGGCAUGGUUCUGAUCGCCGGAACCGUUAUGCUGUACUAUAACGUUAUCCUGGCGUGGACCUUGUACUACAUGCUGGCGUCAUUCGAGGAACCACUUCCGUGGAGGGGAUGCGACCAUGCGUGGACUAGCAAGUAUUGCUAUUCGUACGAGGCGGAAAACAAGUGUGUCAGUGGUAAUGGAACCUACUAUAUGAGGCAGUGUUACGCGAAUGCGAGCUUGAUCGCAAACUGGACGAAGGUUCCGAAGAAGCCACCAGCGGAGGAGUUUUUCAAGAAUUACGUGCUGCGAAUAUCGCCUGGCAUUGAAACUACAGGAAACAUCAGUGUCACGUUGGCACUUUCCCUACUGGGGGCAUGGUUGAUCGUGUUUCUCUGCUUGUGUCGAGGUGUUAAAUCAUCCGGAAAGGUGGUAUACUUCACAGCCCUGUUUCCGUACGUAGUGUUGGUGAUGCUGUUCGUGCGAGGCAUAACCCUUCCUGGGUCAUACAACGGAAUCAUGUACUACUUGGAACCCGAUUGGGAGAAACUGAAAAGUGCCCAGAUCUGGGGAGAUGCCGCUGUACAGAUCUUCUUCGCACUGAGUCCCGCCUGGGGAGGUCUCCUGACGUUGGCGUCCUACAAUAAGUUUUCGAAUAAUUGCUACAGGGAUGCGAUCAUCGUUGCCAUCUCCAACAUUCUGACGUCGUUUUUCGCUGGAUUUGUGAUAUUUUCGAUUCUGGGAUUCUUGGCCCACGAGCUGGACACUGAAGUGGAAAGCGUGAUCGACCAGGGAGCCGGACUGGCGUUUGUCGUGUUCCCGGAGAUGGUGACCAAGCUGCAGAUGCCGAUGUUCUGGUCGGUGUUGUUCUUCUUUAUGCUGCUGACGCUCGGGCUGGAUUCGCAGUUUACGCUGAUGGAAACGGUAGUGACGGGAAUACUGGACACCUUUCCUAAGCUGAGACAGUGGAAGAUGCGAGUCGUUUUUGGAGUGGCCGUCGUUGGAUAUGUGGGAGGAUUGGUGUUCAUCACAAAUAGUGGAAUGUACUGGUUCCAAUUAGUAGACAAAUAUGCGGCAAACUGGUCGGUUCUGCUAAUUGCCAUAAUCGAGUGCGUGUUGAUUGCAUGGAUCUACGGUUCCGAAAGAUUCAUCUCCAACAUUGAGGAAAUGAUUGGAAAACGAUCUUUGUGUUUCACCUACUUCUGGACUUUUGCUUGGAAGUUCGUUACACCUAUUACGCUGAUGUUCAUACUUUGCUUCAACUGGAUUCAGUACAAGCCAGUUUCGUACGGAAAAUACGUCUAUCCGGACUGGGCAGACAUUGUCGGCUGGCUAAUCGGACUGCUACCAAUGAUAGUGAUAGUGUUUACAGCGUUUUAUAAAAUCGUCGCCGAUACUUCGGAUCAAUCACCUGUACAGAUAAUUGGAAAGCUCCUCAAACCAACGGCGGAAUGGAAGGCUGCAAAAUCUUCGUUGUAUCGCUUUGAGUACGACGACAAUGGCAUUGAAAUAUGAGAAUAGAGAUACCCCCUUGAUCUUACUGCUUAUUAGGCUUUAAGACGACAAGAACAACAACACAUACGGUUAGUCUAGCAUGCCCUCGAUUCAAAUGGACUGACCGUAGGCGAGGGGAAAACCGGAUGGCUAUACGCGUUAACGUUUGUGUCAUUUGUUAAUUAUUUUCAAAAACGGGAGAAAGUAACAAAACCAACUCACUAUUUACUUCCGCAACUCCUACAGCUUGGUUUACACAUCGUCAAGUUUCACUAGAAAAAAAAUGUACAACUUUCUUACAUGAUCGAGCAAUAAAUAUCGCUUUGUUUUUGGAUUUUCUUUUUGUUUUUUUAUUUUUUUUUAUUUUGUUUGUUUGUCCUAAGUGGUUACAUAGAUGACUUUUGUGUGUGAAUUUCCUUCUUUUUUCAAUUUGUUUCUGUUGGUGACAUUCCGUUUUCGACUUUGGAAAGGUUUCAUAGAAUUUUCAUUUUCAUCAUUAGAGACAGGAUUAUUUUUUCAAUAGCUACAAUCAGUAAGGUAAGUUCAGGUCUUUGAGAUUCGAUUUGUAUGCAUUCAUGAUUGACGUUAGUUGUUCGACGCACUUAGAAGUAUGUAUAUUUGAGCGACAAAACCCGUUCCCAUAACAAAGCUACUAAAAAUCAAAUAAAACUAACAGCAAAAAUUUGAGAAAAGAAAUCUGUUUCAAGAGGAGGUUUCAAUUAACAAAACAUAUCCAAAUAAAUUGGAAUUUAGCAAACCGAGAUCAUAGUUUGCAUUUCUCUUGAGGUUGAAAUUGAACCUUUUUGUUUGAGAAACCACUUCAAAGUCCAUAGUUGCAAUUUACCCACCAUCACUGCGGAAACUCCGCUGAACGAGACAGUGUGGUCGCCACAGUUGCUCGGUAUAGUAAAGAAGGAGAAGAGAAAAAAAAAACCGCCGUCAUCGUCGAAUAGUCCUAAGGCCAGGACAUCGACUGGUUUGGCGGUGAUGAGCAUCAUCUUAAUUAGACUGAUGCAUACUUUGCAGUUUAAAGACAUACUGUUUGACUGCAGAUGGUUUGGCUUGCCCGUUUUCCAUGUAUUUUGGAUGAUUUUAGG